GUGGGGGCGGCGUGAUCCUUGUCGGCCUCUCCUGCCUCAGAGUGCAGAACAAGAAGCUGUACCUGGCCGCGUUCGCUGCUGUCCUGGGACCGCUUAGCUUUGGCUUCGUGCUAGGCUAUAGCUCACCUGUUAUUCCAGAGUUGAGGAAAAUCAACGAUCCUAAAUUAAGAUUGGACAGCAAUCAAGCCUCGUGGUUUGGGUCAGUAGUAACAUUAGGAGCUGCUGCUGGAGGAAUACUAGGAGGCUAUCUUGUGGAUAAAGUUGGGAGAAAGCUGAGUCUAAUGCUGUGCUCAAUACCAUAUGGUUUUGGAUAUAUAGUUAUUAUAUCUGCUCAGAAUAUUUGGAUGCUUUAUUUUGGACGAAUGCUGACAGGCUUAGCCAGUGGAAUUACUUCACUUGUUGUUCCGGUGUAUAUAUCUGAAGUAUCUCAUCCUAAAGUCCGUGGUAUGCUUGGCUCUUGUGUUCAGUUGAUGGUGGUGACUGGCAUACUGGGAGCCUAUGUUGCAGGAAUAACGCUAAAGUGGCGCUGGCUGGCAGUGUUGUGUACUUUUCCAUCCUGCAUAAUGCUAUUGUUCAUGUCCUUCAUGCCUGAAACACCAAGAUUUCUGCUAAAUCGGAACAAACGCUCAGAAGCCAUAGCUGCUUUGCACUUUCUGCGGGGACCACAUGUGGACCAUGAAUGGGAAUGUAGGCAGAUUGAAGCUAGUGUUCAGGAAGAGGGACUGAAUCUCUCUGAAUUUAAGAACCCCUCAAUCUACAGGCCACUUCUUAUUGGUGUGGCUCUAAUGUUCUUCCAGCAAGUAACAGGCAUUAAUGCAGUUAUGUUUUAUGCAGAAACUAUCUUUGAAGAUGCAAACUUCAAGGACAGCAGAAUGGCUUCUGUUGUUGUGGGUUCCAUACAAGUAUGUUUCACUGCUGUGGCUGCACUUAUCAUAGAUAAAACUGGACGAAAAGUGCUGCUUUACAUAUCUG